AUAAAAUUUGACUUAAAAGUCAGUCAGUUGAUCCUCGGUGCCGCUGCUGGGCGGAAAAGCUGUUAAAAGACUUUCUCACUGGAACCUCCAUAUCCACGUAUUGUUUUUAGGUAAAUCCGAAGAGAAAAUAACGACAAUAUCUACUUAAGGUCCUGUGUGCUGAGUGUAAUCUUAGGCAGCAGCGAUGUCGGGCGCCUACGAUGACUCCAUGAUUGAUGUCUCCAGUGAUAGCUUCUGGGAGGUUGGUAACUACAAACGCACAGUAAAGCGGGUGGACGAUGGCAGCCGGCUGUGUAACGAACUCAUGAACUGUAUUCAUGAGCGCGCUCGUAUUGAAAAGGCGUACGCACUGCAGCUUACAGAAUGGGGAAAGCGUUGGCGACAACUUAUAGAGAAGGGCCCUCAGUACGGUACGCUGGAGCGAGCAUGGGUCGCCCUGUGCACAGAGGCAGAGAAGGUCAGCGAGCUCCACCUGGAGGUCAAAGCAGCUUUAAUGAGCGAAGACUUCGAGAAGCUGAAGAACUGGCAGAAAGACUCGUACCACAAACAGAUGAUUGGAGGCUACAAAGAAACCAAGGAGACUGAAGAUGGUUUCCGCAAAGCUCAGAAACCCUGGGCCAAGAAACUUAAAGAGGUAGAGACGAUGAAGAAGUCGUAUCAUUCAGCCUGCAAAGAAGAGAAGCUGGCAGCCAGCAGGGAAACCAACAGCAAAUUGGAGAGCAACAACAAUCCAGAAACCCAGAAGAAACUCCAGGAAAAAGUGGAGAAAUGCCAGCAGGAGGUUCAAAAGACAAAAGAACGUUAUGAGAAAUCCUUGGAAGAGCUGGAAAAGUUGACCCCUCAGUAUAUGGAAAACAUGGAGCAGGUGUUCGAGCAGUCACAGCAGUUUGAGGAAAAACGGAUUCGCUUCUUCAAGGAGCUCCUCCUGGAGGUUAAGAAGCACUUGGACCUCUCGACCAACUCCAGAUUCCAGACAAUUUACCAGACGCUUGAGGAUACGAUUUCUGGCACAGAUGCUGAAGAUGACCUGAAAUGGUUCCGAUCCAAUCAUGGUCCUGGCAUGCCCAUGAACUGGCCACAGUUUGAGAAUUUGGACCGGUCACAACCUCGCUCUAAGAGAUGGUCCAUUGUUGACUGGUCCGUGGACCUGAACCGAACCCUGAGCAGACGAGAGAAGAAGAAACCGUCAGAGGGUGUUACACUGACAGCCAUCAGUCAGACAGGAUCAGACCAGCCUGUUCAAUCUGCAAAGUCCACCAGCAGCCUGACAGUGCCCACAAAAACAGAACCAGUGGGUACAAAUCCGUUUGAAGAAGAUGAGGAGCAGGAGGAAGAGAUGGCUGAGGAGGAGCAGACCACAGUCAACCACGUCACUGUGAAUAAAGAGGAAAUAAAAACUGCCAACAGCUCAGAGAAGACUCCAGACUGGUCAGACGAGGACACGGUUGGGAACCCUUUCUCCGCCAACGGUGAUGGCAAUCCGUUUGAGGAAGAACCAGAGUCUCCGGUCAUUUCUGUUCCCGUUAAAGCCCUCUAUGAUUAUGAAGGACAAGAGCAGGACGAGCUCAGCUUCAAAGCAGGUGAUGAAUUUACAAAAAUCGGAGAAGAGGAUGAUCAAGGCUGGUGCAAAGGCCGACUCCAGACUGGACAAAUAGGUCUCUAUCCUGCUAAUUAUGUCGAAGACAUCCAGUAAAGAGCUUUCCCUGAUGCCACAAAUGUGAAGAAAGAC